AUGCACUCUUUGGGUUUUGAGCCCAAUGAGUUUACCUAUGGGAGUACUCUUUCAGCUUGCACUGCCUUGCAAGCUCCCACUUUUGGUAAGCAGGUUUAUUCACUUGCAAUGAAAAAUGGGUUCUUUCCAAAUGGUUAUGUUCAGGCUGGAAUGAUAGACUUGUUUGCAAAAAAUUUCAGCUUUGACGAUGCUUUGAGGGUUUUUCAUGAUGUUUCAUGUCAGAACGUUGUGAGUUGGAAUGCGAUUAUCUCUGGAGCAGUGAGAAAUGGAGAGAACAUGGCUGCUUUGUAUCUUUUUCGGCAAAUGUGUCGUGGAGUUUUUUUGCCAAAUAGUUUUACAUUUUCUAGUGUUUUAACCGCUUGCGCUGCACUUGAAGAAGUUGGAGUUGGGAAGGAAGUUCAAGGGUGGGUGAUUAAACGCGGUGCAGAAGAUGUCUUUGUUGGGACUACUAUUGUCGAUUUAUAUGCCAAAUGUGGAAAAAUGAAUGAAGCUGUCAAGAAAUUCUCACGUAUGCCAACCCGUAAUGUGGUUUCUUGGACUGCCAUCAUUUCAGGUUUUGUGCAUAAGGACGAUUCUGUUUCUGCACUAAAAGUUUUCAGAGAAAUGAGAAAAAUGGGAGAGCAAAUGAAUAAGUACACUGUUACUAGUAUACUUACUGCAUGUGCUAAAACAUCCAUGGCUGAAGAGGCAACCCAAAUUCAUUCUUUGAUAUUAAAAGCUGGAUUCUAUUCAGCUGCAGUUGUGGGGUCAGCUUUAAUUAACACGUACUCAAAAAUAGGAGCAGUUGAUCUAUCGGAGAUGGUGUUCAGAGAGAUGGAAAAUAUAAAGGAUCUGGGUACAUGGGCUGCGAUGAUAUCUUCUCUUGCUCAGAAUCAAAAUUCUGGAAGGGCAAUUGAAUUGUUCCAGAGAAUGUUACAAGAAAGUGUGAGACCAGAUAAGUUUUGUACUUCCAGUGUCUUGAGUAUUGUAGACUCUUUAAAUCUAGGGAGACAGAUACACAGCUACACUCUUAAAAUUGGGCUGGUCUCUGUUGUUUCUGUUGGUAGUUCUCUUUUCACAAUGUACUCGAAGUGUGAUAGUCUAGAGGAAUCUUACAAAGUUUUUCAGCAAAUUCCCGACAAAGACAAUGUUUCAUGGGCCUCAAUGAUUUCUGGUUUUGUACAACAUGGCUGUGCAGAUCAAGCCCUUCAACUAUAUAGAGAGAUGCUAUCAGAAGAAGUUAUACCUGAUCAAAUGACUUUAACUGCAAUUCUAAUGGCGUGUUCUGCUUCUUUUUCCCUACAGACGGGUAAGGAAAUUCAUGGUCAUGCUCUUCGCAAAGGAGUCCAACAAGAUGUACUUGGUGGUGCAAUUGUGACCAUGUACUCAAAAUGCAGUGCUCUAAAAUUGGCAAGGACGGUGUUUGAUAUGCUUCCUCAAAAGGAUGAGGUUGCAUGCUCUUCCUUGGUUUCAGGGUAUGCCCAAAAUGGGUACAUCGAAAAGGCAUUGUUGCUAUUCCAUGAUAUGCUGAUGGCGGAUUUGACUAUUGACUCCUUCACAAUUUCAUCUAUUAUUGGGGCCAUUGCACUUUUAAAUAGACUUAGUAUUGGGACUCAACUGCAUGCCCACAUAAUGAAAGUUGGCUUCAAUUCAGAUGUUUCUGUUGGCAGUUCACUACUGACAAUGUACUCAAAAUGUGGAAGCAUUGAAGAUUGCUGCAAAGCAUUUGAUCAAAUUGAGAAACCAGAUUUAAUUUGUUGGACAGCUAUGAUUGUUAGCUAUGCUCAACACGGGAAAGGCGCACAGGCUUUAAGAGUGUAUGAGCUUUUGAGGAAACAAGGAAUCAGACCUGAUUCAGUGACUUUUGUUGGACUUUUAUCUGCUUGUAGCCAUAACGGAUUGGUUGAAGAAGCUUAUUUCUAUUUUAAUUCAAUGGUUAACGACUAUGGACUAGAGCCUGGUUAUCGCCACUAUGCCUGCAUGGUUGAUCUCCUUGGUCGAUCAGGGCGACUGAAAGAGGCUGCAUGGUUCAUUGAGAAUAUGCCUAUUGAACCGGAUGCUUUACUAUGGGGAACACUGCUUGCGGCUUGUAAAGUUCACGGAGAUAUGGAGCUUGGAAAGCUCGCAGCUGAAAAGGUUACGGAGUUGAAGCCAUGUGAUGCCGGGACAUAUGUCUCCCUUUCAAACAUUUGCGCAGAUGUAGGCCAGUGGGAGGAAGUCCUGAAGAUUAGAAGCCAGAUGAAAGGAACUGAUGUGAGGAAGGAACCUGGUUGGAGCUUAGUGGAACUUAUUCUUACUGAGCAUAUUGAAGAGACAUACCAAUGCCUGCUGCUUAAGUUUGGUAUUAAGCAGAUCAGAGGGCAAGCUAGUCAGAAAAGCCAAACUAGUGGGAACAUACCAAGAAUUCCAAAACAGAGGGAUGAAAAACCAGGUGCGUGCGGUUUAAAAUGA